AUGGUCGCCAUCAAGCCCAUCGUCCAGUCCAUCGCCGUGUACGGCAACGCCCUCGGAGCCCAGGUGCACGGGCCUCAGAACUCGUGGUCGCAGCACCGCGUCACCGACGCCGGCACGCUCCACGUCGCCGUCUCGCACGACGCGUGGGCCAGCGCGGCGGGCUGCAACACGCCCAACGGCGUCCACGUGCUCGGCGUCCACAACACCGAGACCAACCAGACGACGUACGUCGCCCCCGAGGGCCAGCUGGCCAAGUGCACCCACGAGCAGCUCGAGAGCUUCGUCCAGAGCCACCUCCACCCCAACGGCACCAUCGUCGCCGAGCACAGCGAGCUCACCCGGCGCCUCGGCGGCUACAACAUCAUCAACUUUUCGGCCCGCCUGACGGGCGCCGGCAUCGUCUUCAACGGCGCCAUCGGCUGGCCCGUCAUCGGCGCCGUCGUCGUCGCCGUCGCAGGCUACUUUUGGUGGAACCACAGCGACACGGACAAGUCGGGCAUCGAGAGCAUCCCGACGCCCAACCGCCGCCGCAGCCUCGACGACGCCUCGCACGUCGCCAAGCGCGCCGCACAGGACGUCAUCUUCGAGUACAACGACGUCAGCGUCAACGGCCGCACCAUCGCCCACUCGAGCGUCGACGACGACAAGGCCAUCGUCGACUUUUGCGGAAAGGACAUCGAGAUGCAGGGCGCUUCGUCCGGAUGCUGCGAGGCCCGCUUCGUCUCCGCCGAAAAGGGAACUCAGUUCGAGCAUAUCGGCAUCAUGAGGUCGGAUAUCAGUGUUAACUGCUAUUGA